AUGCUUCCAAAUCCACAGUGUAAUUCUUCAUUUAAUAUUUAUUCUGAGUCUCCAUACUUUAUUUCAACAAGACAAACUUAUCUAUCUGUUAUUUGUAGGGACGGUAUAUUUUUUCAAGCUAAAGAACUUAGCCAUAUACCUAAAAGGAAGAGCAAAUGGACAGUAAGAGUAAUAUAUUUUCCUAGGGCUCCAUUUACUAUUACCUCUAACAACACCCUUAAUCACGAUCGUCCCGGUUUAGAGGUGCAAUUGCUAAAUAGCUUCGCAAAAUAUAUAAAUGUUCAAAUGACUUAUACACCAACAAAACUCAACCACAGUCGAGGACAUUGUUAUGUAAAUGGAAUUCUUACUAAUGAGUUUAAAGAUCUUUACAAAAACCGCUACGAUGUUUUAAUUGGGGGCUACACUGCCUAUUAUGAGCGAAUGUUAUACUUUAGUAUAAGUUUUCCAAUCUAUCAAGACAGUCUGAUAUGGUGUGUACCCAAUAAAGCCGUCUUUGUUUACACCGUAGCUGUGAACAACAUGAUAGUUACACUAGUUCUCUUGACUUUGUUUUUACUGAUAAUAUUAACUUGGUUGGUGAACCGUCAAAAGUUCACUAUAAUAAAGUACCGUGAAUCAUUUGGAGAUAUAGUCUACGAUGCAUUUAUCAUUUUUUUGGGAGUUGUAGUACCACGAGUGCCUAAAAAAUCUUUGCUUAGAUUUCUAAUUGGCCUGAUGAUACUCUUUGCAUUUCUCUCAAACAUUAUGUUUACUAGUAGUGUCAUUAGCAGCUUUAUAGGUAUUAUACACAGACAAAAGUAUGGUUGUAUGAAAGAUAUAUAUGAGAAUAAUCUCACCACUUAUUUUGUUAAAGACUUCGCUUCUUUCUUCGUAAAUAAAAAUAUAGAAGACGUACCUCUUGAAGAAGUAAAAGCCAAGUAUAAAGAGUGCGAAGAUUUAUCGCAAUGUCUUCAAUAUGUUGAAUCUGGAACAUCCAGUUUAUUUUUGGAUCGUGCGAUGUUUGAUUACAUAGUGAAAUUCGAGAAUAUCGACGCUAGCAAGAUAUACUGCUUUAACUAUGUUAAAGGCAUCACUAUAAGUAUGAUUUCUAGAAAAGGAUUUUUUUUGACAGAACAGUAUGAUAGAUUUAUACACUUAUAUAACGAUUUUGGAUUAAUUCAAAAACUGACCAAUAAUGUAAUGGAGCGAAAGAAGAAAUAUCGUCACAAAUUAAAAUUUGCCAAGUUAAAAUUAACAGAUCUAGCAAGCCUGACUUAUGUUUUAUUUUAUGGAUAUCUCUCUAGUAUUAUUGUAUGUAUUGCAGAACUAUUUUAUUACAAAUGUAAAAGAUACUGGAAUUAA